CUCCACUCGUGGAGACAAUGCCAACAAAAUUCAAAGCGGCGACCUUUUUCCUUUGUGCAAAUGCGACAUAUCAGGCGCUUAUCUUUGGGAUUUACCCUCUCACAGAGGGUUUGACAGCCAGGGCAUUCUUGAACUCCACUUGCUUUUUUCAGGUAGUUUUCGGAAAUUUUUGUCUCAAACUCUUUCUGUUCCUCAUCGGUCAGCACGGCGAAACGACGGACUUCAAUGUAGCUCCACUCCUUGUUGCACCGGAUGGUGGCGUUGCCCCGAUCAACGUA